GAAAAUGGUGCUGGGAACAUUGCAUUGUUGAACAGGAGAAUACCGUCUGAAGACGACAGAAAAAAGAUGAAAGAGUUAUGCGAUGGUCAGAACUGCCACGUUGAGGCAUUCAGUGGGGACGUUACAAAGAUGGACAAGCUGCGGGCACUCUUUACACACAUGAAGUUAAAGUUCAAGGGCAAUUCUCUCAGGGGCGUUUUCUUUGCGGCUGCAGUUCUUGAAGAUAAUAUGCUGUUCAAUAUGAGUUCAGAUCAGUUUAAGAGCGUUUUAUCACCUAAGGUAAAAGGGGCCUGGAAUAUCCACCUGUUAACAAAAGACAUGACACUCGACUACUUUGUGUUGUAUUCAUCUGUCAC